UUAAUUUACCCCGUGUAGUAAAUUCAUCAUGGCGCUUGCUGAAGUUUGUGGAUUCUCAAAGAAAGCCUGUCAGUUUUCUCCAAAUUCUUCUUUAUUCCCAAGACCAGAAGAAGGAAGUGAUUUGGGACACGGUCUAGAAACGACAGAGAACUUUUUUGUGCCUAAUGAUUUUGAUCCUGUUGAAAAUUUGAGAGAGUUUACAGAAGGAGACAGCAAUGUAAAAAUCCACUUUGACCAUGGGACCACAACGUUAGCAUUUAAAUUCAAGCAUGGCGUCAUUGUUGCUGUGGAUUCAAGAGCUACAGCAGGCCCAUAUAUAGCCUCCCAGACAGUAAAGAAGGUAAUAGAGAUCAACCCGUAUCUGCUAGGUACCAUGGCAGGUGGGGCCGCAGAUUGCUCCUUCUGGGAGAGGUUUCUAGCCAAACAGUGCAGAAUUUAUGAGCUAAGGAACAGAGAGAGGAUCUCAGUAGCAGCUGCCUCUAAACUUCUAGGAAACAUUGUCUAUGGUUACAAGGGUAUGGGGCUCUCUAUGGGAACAAUGAUUUGUGGAUGGGAUAAAAAGGGUCCUGGCCUAUAUUAUGUAGACAGUGAUGGCACAAGGAUAACCAAUAACAUGUUCUCAGUGGGUUCUGGUUCCACGUAUGCCUAUGGUGUCAUGGACAGUGGGUACAGCUGGGACCUCUCAGUGAAGGAUGCCUAUGAGUUGGGAGAGAGGGCCAUCUACCAUGCCACUCACAGAGACGCCUACAGUGGGGGUGUGGUCAACAUGUACCAUAUGAAGGAGACAGGCUGGAUCAAAGUGUCUCAGAAUGAUACCAAAGAACUGCAUUAUAAAUACCAAGCUGAGAAAAAGUGAAUCAUGACAAUUUGAGCAAUUUGAAGGGAAAAGAAAACAGUCUGAGCUAUUUAGAACUCAGUUUCCGUUAAAAUAAAGCAAGUCAUUUCAAGCGUAUUGUUGUGUUUUGAAAACACUUAGAGAUCUUUUAUGAUGAGGAUCUUUAAUGUCUUGGAGACAUUUCUUGGGCUUAAAUAGAAGACUUGAUGAACCCAGUGCAGAUAGGACAAGUUUGUAUUGUGAUAUAGCUUCUGAUCUGGAAGGUGAAAAAUAAAUGUAAAAGUUUAAAGAAA